AUGGCCAAGUUUCAAACACCUAUCGCUGAGAUGGUCAAACUUGCAGAGUCUCUGGAAAAGACAAGUAUUCAGGAGACCACUUCAUCGAAGCAAGACGCAAAUCACGCAGGAGGCAAAAUAGCCAAUCCUAACCAGUCCUUAUCUCUCGAGAAGCCUCUCAGGCUUACGGAGCGCUUGCAGAAGACGAGUAUUUCUGAGAAAAAAGAGAAGAACGCCUUCGACUUUGUUGAUACAACCACAGAAAUGGCUAAAGUCGUUGAGAAAUGCCGAAACCUGCCAGUGUCGCCCCCAUCUCUUUUCAUCGACUUGGAAGGCGUCGACCUGGGUCGCACUGGCAGUAUAUCUAUAAUGCAGAUAUACAUCAGACCGCUUAACUACACCUAUCUCAUCGAUGUCUACACUCUCAAAGACCAGGCAUUUUCUAAGAAGGGAGCUAGUGGCAAGACCCUCCGUAACAUACUAGAGGCACCUGAGAUCCCGAAGGUUAUAUUUGACGUUCGUCACGAUUCCGACGCUCUUAAUCACCACUACAACGUCAAGCUCGCCGGAGUGCAAGAUUUGCAAUUGAUGGAGCUUGCAACACGCCCUAGGAGAAGCAAGUUCGUUUCCGGGCUGAAGAAAUGCGUCGAACAUGAUUUGUUCAUGUCGGAGGUUGAACGCAAGGCGUGGGUCGCUUCGAAAGAAAAAGGAAUAAAGCUGUUCGCCCCAGAGCGCGGAGGGAGCUAUGAGGUUUUCAAUGAGCGACCACUGCGCAAAGAAAUUGUUCGCUACUGUGUGGAAGAUGUCCACUACUUGCCGAGGCUGUGGGAUGUAUAUGAUAGAAAGCUAACUCCAUAUUGGAGAACAAGGGUGGAUUUGGAAGGGAAGAAUCGCGUUCGGUUGUCUCAGUCUUCAGGGUUCAACGGUAAGAGUAAGAAUAUGGCAUUAGUGCCCCUUGGUUGGUGA